AAACCAUCACCUCGAUUACAUUUUUGUUUGCAUUCUUCAUCCUGAUAACAGUUGAAAAUAAUAUUUAACAUAAGAUCAUUAGGAUAUUGAUAAGAAACAAUGAAGCUUUUUAAUAAUAUUUUUUGUGGUUUAUCUGAAAACACAAUCAACCUUGACAUAUUUUCUAUUCUUAAGGUUGAAUGCACUGCUAGUUUUGAAUUUUGUUUUAUUGAUCGCUGUCACCGGUCUCACUUCUUACUUCAUACAUGAUCGACCUAGUGUAAAUUUUUUGAGUGAUUAUUUUUAGAGUUUCAAAAAAAUAUCGUGAAUAUAGUGCAAUAUUUAUAUAGGAAAAAUGGCGGGGCAAACAAUUAAUGAUCGUCUUUUAGCAGCGAAACACAGUUUAGCGGGGCAGGGUCUCGCAAAGUCAGUAUGUAAAGCUACAACUGAGGAAAUGUUAGGACCUAAGAAAAAACAUUUGGACUAUCUAAUCCAUUGUACUAAUGAACCCAAUGUAUCUAUACCGCAAAUGGCUAAUUUAUUGAUAGAGAGAUCACAGAAUACCAGUUGGAUAGUGGUGUUUAAGGCUUUGAUUACAACACAUCAUAUUAUGUGCUAUGGCAAUGAAAGAUUUACUCAAUACUUAGCAUCAAGCAACGUUUCCUUCCAACUUUCAAAUUUUGUUGAUAAGACAGGUGUUCAAAGUGCUGUAGGAGCCCGUACUGGCUAUGAUAUGUCCCCAUUUAUUAGAAGGUAUGCUAAAUACUUAAAUGAAAAAGCUUUAUCAUAUAGAUCAGUUGCUUUUGAUUUUUGUAAAGUAAAAAGAGGAAAGGAGGAGGGUACUCUUAGAACAAUGAAUACCGAAAAUCUCUUAAAAACCUUACCUAUUUUACAAAAUCAAUUAGACGCUCUUCUUGAAUUUGACUGUACUGCUAAUGAUCUCACUAACGGAGUAAUAAACAUGUGUUUCAUGUUGCUGUUUCGUGAUCUCAUCAGACUUUUUGCCUGUUACAAUGAUGGAGUAAUCAAUCUAUUAGAAAAAUAUUUUGAAAUGAAUAAAAAACAAUGUAGAGAAGCUUUAGAUUUGUAUAAAAAGUUUUUGAUAAGGAUGGACAGAGUUGCGGAGUUUCUUAAAGUAGCUGAAAAUAUAGGAAUUGACAAAGGUGACAUUCCAGACCUCACCAGAGCUCCAAACAGUCUUUUAGAUGCUCUGGAACAACAUUUAGCAUCUUUGGAAGGAAAUACACCUACAGCUGCUGCAGCCCAAAAGAAUGUCAAGUCUGGUGUGUCUGCAUUGUCAAACACAAGCAAUGCCUUCGGUACUGCAGUUGAUGACUCGUUUAAGCAAGCUGCAGUGGCUGAAGAGGAGGCAGCACUAAAUCACUAUAGAGCAUCUGUGGGCUCUCCAUCAGCAGCAAGUACAAAUCCCUUCCUCAGUGAUGAACCAACAGUGACUGGUGAACCAAUCUUGGACCUCUUCUCCAGUGGUCCUGCUCCAGAGGCUGCUAGGCCGGCUCAAUCUUCCAAUGCCCUUGAUGAUCUCCUUUCCCUUGGAGGUAAUCCUUUUGCUGACUUUUCUGCAGCCCCUGUAACAACAACAGCAGCACCUCUAGGCCAAGAUGCUUUUGGAUCGACUGCCACAACUACUGACAAUAACAUGUGGGGUACCAAUGGUUUCGGUGGGAACAAUCUAUUUCAAGCACAGCAGCCUAUUCAAGCUCAGCCUUUCGGAAAUGCCAAUGAUCUUAGUGGGUUGUUCAAUACAAAUGAGCCGUCAGUGUUUGAUCCGUUAGGUGACUCUAAAACCAUGAGUGCCCAAAUCAUACAGCAGCAGCCAGUUGCAGCUCAGCCUCCAAAAGCUGUGCCUGCGAAACUGCUUACUGGAGAUUUGGAGUCCAGUUUAACAUCAUUAGUUGACAAUUUGACAAUGGAUUCAGGUAGUAGAGGUCCUCAAUGGAAUUCCCCAAAGAACCAAGCAAAGCCAGCUGGUGGCUGGCCAGCUCAGCCGAUGACAGCACCCGGGUACCGACCAGUCGGACAAGCGAUGGGCCAACCCAUGAUGGCUCAACAACCGAUGAUGGGACAAGGAAUGAUGGGCCAACCCGUCAUGGGUCAAACGAUGCAGCCGAUGAUGGGGCAAGUGAACCAGUUCGCGGCCAUGCAACAGCCCGUGAUGGGCAGCCCUAAGAUGAACGCCGGACCUCCACAGCAGCAGCAACAAGAGGUAACUUUUGAUCCUUUUGGCGCUCUGUAAUGUAAAAACUAUUAAAGUAUAUGUGUAAUAUGGCAAAUGUAAAAUUUUAGCAACUCUGAUAAGACGAUUUAUUUUUAUUUAUUUGUAAAGAGAUUGAGAACAAUGAACAAAUAUUUGCCGAACUUGUUUAGAGAACGUUCCUAUAUUUAUAUUUUAAGAUGAACUAAUUUAUUUUUAGAUUAUAUCUAAUCUUACUAUGAUUUUUAACUUUUUUAAGUAAAAGGUAUUUUAUUGAAAUAGAAAUCAUAUCUAUCUUUGGAGAAUGUGGGUAAGACUAAAAAGCGCAGUGUUCAAAAAAUAAUUCUUUAAAAUUGCUCACUCAGUAAAAGACGAAAGAAAGAAACAAAUAAAAACAAGGUAAAAGAUCAGUAAGUACGUAUAUGGUCCCUAUGAGGCGAAAAAAAUCAUAAAGAUUAGAAACAGACAGAUAGACUGAUUUCUCACACAGAGAGGAACUUUUAAAGUGAAAUCUGCUACAUGGGCGAGGUUAACUCAGUUUACUCACACUGUCACUUAACGUGGAUACUGUUAAUGUUAGUUACGUAUCACAUAGUACGAAAACUGUUGUAUUGGAAUGGCGUGUUUUCAAAAUAACUAUUAUCUAUUCGUUAAUCAUCAUAAUCAUCAUCAACAGCUGUUCCUUUCAUCGUUGGAUGUAAGUCUCCCUUAGGUGUGUCCAUUCAUAUCUGUUUGCUGUUUUUUGCAUCCAUUCGCUUGAUGUCAUCAGUCCAUCUUGUUUGAGGUCUGUCUCUACUUCUUUUGCUUGUCCUUGGUCGCCAUCCGAGGAUAUUUGAGGAUAUUCGAGGUCACCAUUCGUCACAGAUAGGCACACCAAAAAGAAGAAUUCACUAAUUCAACUAUGUAAAAAACGAUCUCUUUAUUUUAAUGAGGUUAAUAUUUAAGAUCUCCAUUUUUGGAAGUAGCUUUGUAAGUCUUAAGGCAUCAUUUCUACUUCUCUUAGGACUUCAUUUAAUUUGUUUGAUAUUUGUCUGCAAUAUUAUAGGCUAAACACCAAUGGUGCAAGUACAGAUCCUUGAGGCAUACUAUAAUAGUAAGCUAUUUUUUAUCGAUAUUGAUAUGAAUACGAGAGAAAUUUAUUCCGUAUGCAACAGGCACCCUUUCUACAUUUAUAACAUUAAUAAAACAAUUUUCGGGCUUAAAUAAUGUUCUUUCUUUUUCUUUAACUGAGUUUCUACCUAAAAUAACCAUAAUAUUUUAGAAUAACUUUAGAGUAAAUUAUAAUACGUACUAGUCUCAUACCUCCUAGUAUUACCCUCCAUGUUAACGGGCCAAUAGUGUCCAAUUUUAAAAUCAUUAAUAAGAUUGUCCCUAUUGGGCCAAUUUAAAUUCUUGAUCGACUGCAUAAUCUAAUGGGCAUUGGAAGAUUUAUUCAAUAAUUAGUCAAAUUGGCUCUGCAUAAUAUAGUUGAUCGUUGAAGGUUUAUUCUAGAAUGAAUAAAAUUGGCCCGUAGAAGCCUAUUUUAUAAGUGAUAAUGGACCUUGGAAAGAUUUGUUUAUUCGAUAAUUAAUAAAAUUGUCUCUCUAUAAUAUAAUGGAUCUUGGAAGAUUUAUUCGAUAAUGAAUAAAAUUGGCUCCUACGGUCCAAUGUUAUGAAAGUGUUUUGGCCCCUACGAGCCAAUUUUAUAAGUAAUAAUGGACCUUGGAAGAUUUGUUCGAUAAUUAGUAAAAUUGGUCCUGCGUAAUUCAAUGGACCUUGGAAGGUUUAUUCGAUAAUGAAUAAAAUUGUCUCUCCAUAAUAUAAUGGAUCUUGGAAGGUUUAUUCGAUAAUGAAUAAAAUUGGUUCCUACGGGCCAAUAAUAAAUAAAGUGUUUUAUAAAAUUGGCUCGUCGGAGUCAAUUUUAUGAGUGAUUUUUAAUGCUGAAAAAUAUAUAUGUAUAAUGCACGACCAAUCAAAUUAUCAAAUGUGAUUUUUUAAACAUGUUUUUUUGUCGAUUUUAACUUAUUCUUUAUACAAGUUAACAAUUAAUAAUUAUUCUAGUAGUGAUAUUUAUCUAAGACUUUUAACCUAAGUACUGAAUAUUUGUUGAUUGUUCCAAUAAUGUACAGGGUGAAGAAAAUCCUUCGUUUGAAGAUAGUUCUAGAAUACAAAAGUUGCUUGAACUUUCUUCAUGCGAGAGAUAACUCGUCUGAAUUCACUCUGGAGUGUCAAAAUAUUGUUUGACAGAGCUGUUCGAACUAUGAAAAAUCAUUUACAAUACUGGGUGCUACUUCGGCCAAAUUAUUCUUGAGUAAGCUACACCUGUCAAGUGUUAUGUAGUAGUUUAACAUUAUUUUAUUAACAGUUCUGUUCAGGUUUAAUUGUUAUGAGGACACGGAAGCAUUACACAAACUUGGAUGUUCCAGAUUUUUCAGAAUCAGCAUCACAAAGGAUAUCUAUUUGGAAUCUUGUGGAUAUCGGUCAUUACAGCUUGUUCACGUGAAGGUUUUUCCUGCUUCCUCUUUUUGGUUGUUCUUAAUAAAUAAUAUUGUCACUGUAUGAACCAAUAUUUUGGUUGGUAUAUGUUUUUCGUCUUCUGUUUGUGCCACUAGUCUAGACAUCAGAGACGAAAAUUCCACUUAACCUCUAAAAAUCUAAAGAACAAGCUGAAUUUUGCUGGGAGUGUCAAUUUUGGAACCCCAACCCUAAAACCCCCCCUCGUACAAGAGGAAAACGGAAAACAUUGAUUUACCAAGAAUCUAUGUCGCAGAAAAAAAUGUUUCAAACAAGAAAUGUAGCUGAGAUAAUUUUGAACAACAAUCUUUGCUAGCGCUUUUUUGUAGAAUUAACCGUUCUCUCAGAAACAACGCUUGAAGCGACCGGUGAUUUUGAAUGUCAGUUACGCGCGCGAAAUCAAUUUUUUAAAUAAAAUUGGUAUCAACACGACGACGCACGGUAAAAAUUCGAUAUCUUUUGAUGAGUGUCCUAUCGACAAAAAUCAAAAUGCAAGUUAAAGGUGAAGAAUGCAGCUUUUGUAUGCAUUUUUUGCAUUUUACUGCAAAUGAGAUCAGUUUCUAUAAAGUUGUUAAAAAAAUGUAGCGCGAUUUUUGCCAUUUUUAAUGAUUCUCAUAAGAUUAAUAAAAUUUAUUACUUCCAUUAACCGGUCGCUAUGAAAUUUCCAUUGUUAGAGCCUAAUCUUCAAAUUCUAUAACAUGAAAUUUCGAUUUUGAUUUUUGGCAACAAAUAUGAGGCAUUUGAAAUAUGCCUAAAAAACGCUGAAUUUAAACUUUCACGUUACAAACGAUGUAAAAUAUUUAAAACUGACUAUUUCCUAUGAAAGUCUAAAUUCAGCGUUUUUUAGACAUAUUUCUAUAGCGGUACGCUUUAAUUACUAUUUUUGCUAAUUUUAUUUUCUUAAUUUUUGAUAACUUUUCUCAAAACGAAACGGCAUUGGUCAUUUAAAAUCCACAUGUGAUAUACAAACCAUAUGCCGUUGAUUUCGAGAACGAAAUAGUAUCCCUUAAACAGAUUGUGUAAGAUUAAUGUUUCUUUCAAGGAAACACUAAUAGGUUACGAUGCCCCAGAUCGCCACACUCUUUAUGUCAACUUCUUAAAAUACCAAAAAGCUUCUCAUCUCUUAAAAGGCAGAGGCAGUAAUUUAUGGGCCAUUAUCUCAAAACCGCAAAGCCAGUUGACAUAAAAGUGGUGGUCCGGAGGCCAGUCACUACACAGCAUGCAAACGAUGCAGACAAACCCUCGGCUCGCUGGCAAUCAACUCUCGUUCGAGAUAUAAGCAAACACACCGCUUGUUCACCCUAAAUAAAUAAAUAUAUUACUGUUCGUCGUUACACUUAUUUUUAUUAUUUUUAAUUCCGUCAACUCACCUACCGGAAUAUUUCAAAUGUCUCACAUUUGUUGCCAAAACCGAAAAUCUAAAUUUCAUAUUAUAGGUUUUGAACGUUAGCCUCUAACAAUGAAAAUUCCAUAGCGACAAAUUCGAUGGAACUGACAAAUUUUGUUAAUAUCAUGACUCAUGAGAACCGUAAAAAUAGCAAAAAUCGCUCAACAUUGUAUUUAAAAUCUUUAUAGAAACUGACAUCAUUUGCGACAAAUUGCAAAAAGUGCACAGGGCCGCAAUCAGGGGUAUGUGACUCAUAACAAUACGUUAUUCUUUAUGGAAUCGAUUUGAGCUUCCUUGAACAUUUUCUUUGACAUUUUUUACAUAUAUUAAAGAUUGUUUUGUUCGAUGUAGCGCCCAGUGUUUUGUUGAUGUGCUUUGUGAUAUUUUUUUUCUCAAAAUAUAUUAUGAAUGUUGGGAUACAUAUGCGAUCUCAUUGUUUAUUUAUUUUUAUAGUGUUCUUACUAUUUUAUUUAUAUUUUUAAAUUGAAUUGUUAUUUGUCACAGACGGCACGUUAUUGUAUUGUAAUAUAUUUUAUCGAAUAUCAGGAAGGUUUUGUGCACAAUCAACUCAAAUGCUUUCGUUUUGUUUGGCUAGUUUUUAAUGCGUAUGUAAACAUCGUCUUUCAAGACACGUAUCCAUUGUGUUGGUGCUCCGCGCCCCUGCAACUGCUCCACGUAGUGGAUACGUUGGCGCUCCCACAGUGCGCGAUCCACCUCGGUGCUUUAAUCGGUGGCGGUUUAUACGUAGGGGAGCGCAUGCCGUAUCGAUUGGAGCAGUUGCACGGAGCGCGGAGCACCAACAUAAUGAAUACGUGCCUUUACUGAAUUCGGUAAGGGAUACCGGAAAUAUGUGAACUACAAAUGAUAAUUAAACGUUUUAGGGGUUGUUUCUAACACAUUAUACAGUGCUAGCCAAAAGUCCUCUCACCUCUCGUAUCUUUUGAACCGUUAUACUUACAUAUUGAAAUUUGGAGGGAGUAAAUUAAUAACCGGACGUAAGCUUCUCAAAUAGUCAUAAUAGGUAACGUCAUAGUGGCAGAUGACGUUACAGAGCCAAUUUGGCCGAUAAUUUUUAAUGGAACCGUAUGGCAAGUGAUGUCUCUUUUGAAAAUAUUGAAAAUACCUGUUCAAUCGUACCAAUUUUGUUUGGGUUUACUUGAUUUUGAUGAAUAAAGUAAAUAAAUACUAAAAUUGUAGUUUUGCAUUUAAUUAAUAAAGAUUUAAACGUCCGGUUAUGGUUAUUUGUCAAAUAAGUUGACAUUGACGUAAAAACAACUAGACCAACACCAUAGGCGGACGUUUGAAUCUUUAUUAAUUAAAUGCGAAACUACAAUUAUUUAGUACAUAUCUAUUCAAUUUAUUCAUCAAAACCUUACACUUAAACCAAAACAAAAUUAGUAUGAUUGAAUAGGUGUGUCAAUACCUUUCAAACGAGAUAUCAUUUGCCAUAAGGUCCUAUUUAAAAUUAUCGGUCAAAGUGGCUCUGUACGAUAUCUAUCACUAUUACGUCACUUGUUAUGAUUAGUUAAGAAGCCUAUUUCCUCCCUCCAAAUUCCACUAUUAUAAGUAUAACCGUUCAAAAGAUACGAGGGGGAGGGGACUUUUGACUGGCACUGUACGUAUUCGAUACAAUACCAAGUUUAGUAUCUGUUGAUGUUAACAUCAUUGGAAGAUUCUAAGAUUAAGAUUUUAUUGAAUAAUAGAACCGAAAUCAGAUACUAAAAACUGUCUGAAAUAGUCGUUACGCAAUUCAUCAUCCUCAGAUGGCGCUAUUCUCUUAAAACGUACUUCCAUAUCUAGUACAUACCUGUAUUCUCCAUUCUUAAGUUAAGAAUGUGAGCUUAAGUUUUCUCAGUAAGCUUAAGCCGUCCCUUUUCCGUCCGCAGCUUCAAUGGACUCAAAAUGGUUCCUUUUAGUGCAAAUGCGACCUUAAGACACACGUAAAAAUGCAUGGUGCAAAAUCCGGCAAACGAGGUGGAUGUUAUAACACUAGAAUGCUGUAUUUGUCGACCAGGCGUAGCAUUUUGAUAAACAUAGUCGAAUUUCGACUUUUAUUAGAGAAUCACAUAGAGUCUUUUGAUUUUUUCGAAAGAAUUUCUGGCCUGUACUAUUUUCGAUCUUAUUUCUAGAUCAGGAUUUAGGCUGCUAUUGAUCCAACACCCCAGGUAAUUAAAUUUAUUGACCUCUUCUAAAAUGUGCAAGGUUGAAGUACAUUUUGGUUUUUUAAGGUUGACAUCACUUUGGUUUAUUUUAAUACCAAAUUGCUCACAAACUGAGUUGGUCCUGUCGAUGAGUCGAUAUACCCAAGUCAGAAUCCGCAAUCAAUACCGUAUCAUCGGCGAAUCUGAUACUGUUGAUAUUUACUCCAUUAAAAAAUCCAGGAGGAAAAUAAACUUCCUGUAGCUGGCUGUAUACCAUAAAUCACAAAAAUACCAAGUUUCUUGUAAAAGGUAUAUAUUAAAAUACCCUAAAUAAGGGUCACAAUACAAAACGUUUUCGGAUUAAGGAAUCCAUCAUCAGUGUUUAAAAGCCCUAAAAUUAAGUAUAACCUAAUUAAAUGAGAUAAAAGUUAAAAUUGACAGAGGUUUUCAAGAACAAGAGGUCAUACUUACAAAAUUUGCAUGCCUGAGCCACCAAAAUGUAUCGGGUAAAAACCCUUUAAAUGUAAAUAAUAAUUAAUUACUUAAUUAAUACUCCAUUCACCUUAAUUCCAUCCUUGGACUCCUCCAGUGCCUCUUUAAAUAGAAACUCGGAAUAAAGAUUAAAUAGCAGGGGUGACAAAACGCAUCCUUGUGUUAACUUCUUUCGUAAUUUCUACUUAUGCGGACGUGUAACCUUAGAUCUUAACUCUGGUGUUUUGGUUCCAGUAUAAAUGUUUUAGUAAUUUGAUGUCCUUCCCAUCGAAACCGACUUCUUGCAAACGUUCUAAUAGUAGUUCGUGUCUUACUCUAUCAAUUGCUUUUUCGAAGUCUAUGAAGACUUCUCUCGUUUCCAUUCUGGCUCUGAAUCCAAACUGUUCGUCUCCGAUGAUUGUUUCACAUUUUUAUAAAUUCGGUUAUGUACGACUUUUAAUAGGACUUUUACUGCAUGAAUAUUUUUAAAUAAAAACCAAAAAUGCAUCUUAGUCAUGCUUACACUAAAAUGUACAAUAAAGACACAAGUUUACAGUGUAUUCGAACAGUUUAAGGGCUGGUAUUUUAUGUCCCGGUUAACCCUCGGUUAGCUAACCGGGGUUUAAUCGGGACAGAAAUAUAUGCAUAACAUAGGCAUAAACGCAAUUAUACUUAUUAUUAUAAUCAUAAAUAAUUAUAAUAAUAAUUAUAAUUGCAUUUAUUACAACGCAAGAGACCCUAACAGGUAUUUUUACCUAACCGGGGUUUAAUCGGGACAUAAAGUACCGGCCCUAAGAAUACGAAUAGUUCUAGUAGAUUUUUCAAGGUUAACGUUAAUUCUGCGCAUUAGUUUAUAGCGCAGACAGAUGACAGCUGUCAUCAAAGUGACUGUAAUUGCAUAUAAUACACUUUUAUUUUGUUAAAGCUAAUACAUACAGCAAUACAAUCUUAAUCUUACAGACUCUAUGGAUAUUCUAGACAAGUGUGUUAGAUUCUCCCCUUAAGACUACUCGUGAACCGAGGAGACUGACGGAGAAAAAGGCCAGAAACUUGAGAUAUUAUUUUGAUAAUACGGUAUCCUUACAUUCCCGUUUAUUGAAUAUGUAUAAAUAAUAUAAAUUGUUGAAAAGUGCUUCAGAUUUUAAUAUCAUCUAAUGAAAAUAUCCGUAGUUUUACAUGAAAUAAAAGUACGUAGUGAAAUAUGUAAAAUAAGGAUUUAAAGUAAUCAGUAAACAUUAUGUUUGAGGUAAUUUUGUAAAAUAUAUUGAAGGUUUUGUUUGAUCAAGGUGGAUAUAAACUAUAUUAAGCAUAUAUCACAGAUUAUAAAUGGGGCUGAACGACCCAUAUAUAGAUUUCCACAUAAGUGUAGGGCCAACAUUUCUUUGAAACGCAUAGACUAGAAAAUUAUAUAGUUAUUGGAAGAAUUUCCUUUUUUAAACUGACUUAUGCAUCUUUUUGUUAAGAAGCCUUUCCGGUACAGAUGUUUGUGACUAAUAUUGCUAUUUUCGCUGAUUUGCUGCUACUCCAAAUAUUCCAGAAAACCACUUCUUCCAAGGGAUAGACCCAUACACGGACUCUUCUUCCUUAUACUUAUACUUGUUACUUCUAAUAUAAUCUGCAGUAGGCCAUAGCGCCGUUGAUUUCUUAUUAAGUGACUCACAUAUUCUGUAGGCCUUGCAUGCUAGCUGUGAAGAUUAUUGUGUCGCCUGUAUAUCUGAAAUUGUUCAGACGUUCUUCAUUUAUCACUACUUCCUCGUGUAUGUCUUUCAGGGCUGGUUUACAUAUCUUCGAAGUAGGGGCGAUAAGACGCAUCCCUGUCUGACACCUCUCUUUAUUACAACGCCUUCCUUAGUUGGGUGUCUGGUUAUGUAUACAGGUUACUGAUUAUUCUAAGACCUGUCUAUUGUUUUAGUUUGUUUUACUUCGAACACUGUUUUCUUACAUUAGCUUUUUUGUAAAAGUUGUAUUUUUUAGAAGUUCUAACGUCCAAAUUAUUGGUGUUAUUAUUAGUUUUUUUUUAUUUCGUAAAAAUCAGUAAACUUUGCAUAUUUUUCUUCAUCGUUACAGCAACAAACUCUUUUUGUUGACUCGUUGAGAAAACUUGUUGUGUAUUACUUCUAAAACAAACAGAAAUUAUCAAAUCUGGACAGGAAAUAUUAUCAAUUAGGUAAAGCUGUGUUGUUGUUUUGUUUUCGAUGUGACGACAUAAAAAUAGAUAUUGUAUAUUGUUCUGACUGUUUUUAUCACAUUUCUGGUUUGUGUUUAUCAUAAUUUGUGUAAUUUAACGUACGUACACGGUGGCCGAAAAAAUUUUAAAGUAUGUAAUUUGGAAAUAAUAGGGAGCUUGCAUAAAAUUUUAAAUUCGAAAAAAAUGUUAUAAAUCACAACAGAACAUAAUUUAAAACAUGUAUCAAAGAUAAAAAAGUUUUUGUUUGUUUUUCGUUUGGCCCCUAAAGACGAUUAAAAAUUCAAAUUAUACCAGCUAGCCCAAAACGCGUCGUGACGUCAUCGGGCUAUAUGUUUACAUUCUGAACCAACAAAAUAAACAAAAUUGUAUAUAAUUUUAAAUUAGACAUUAUAAACGUCAGUAGAAAAUGCAGUUAUGUGACGUUACAAGUGUUUUUGAUCGUUUGAACUAUUCAUAGAAAAUUUGUUCUUUUACAAAAUGGUUUUAUUUUCCAUAGUAAACCUUCUUUCCUUUCCUUCAGUAACUAUAUCAAACUCCAAUCUCAACAAACUGGUAUAUAUUAUUACAAUGACAUACGAUAAAUGUCAUUAGAAUAUAAAUAUUUUUCCUUUAUUCCGCGACGACGAGCUGGCCAAAUACCCAAGUAGGUGGAGGCCAAUAAACUAAAGAAGAAGAAGAAUAUACCUCAAUAUAACCAUAAACGGAACCAUAUAGUUAAACUAUGUGACGUCACGGGUCGUUUGAACUAUUUUAAGAUACAUAAGACUUUAAAUUUGUACUUCUAAGUUAUUAUGAGUUUUUGAAGCGUGAAAUUUUGGAAAUCUCAUUUUUAUACAAAAUUGAACAUUAUUAUAUAAUAAAAAAAAUGUGCAAGUUCCCUAUCGGUUAAAAGGAACAAUUUCUUUGUGGUCGAAUAGAGGUUAUAUCCUUACUAGCAAAUCGAUUUUGCGAUUAUUCGUUCACUGCAUUUUGGAGGUGUCUUGCUGUUUCUUCGAAUGUUUCACUGACUGCUAGUAUUGCAGUGUCGUCUGCAAAUGGGACCAGUUUAAUAUGUUCUGUAACAGGGUUGUUACAGGUAUAUAACAAAUAUAGUAUAGGUCCCAGAACACUGCCCUGUGGGAUUCCUGCUUUGAUUGGUUAUAGUUCUGAAUAUUCGCCUUACUAUUUAACUCUAAAAGUUCUGUCUUCACAAUUUAAGAUGUAGAAUACCUCACAAUUUAAUAAUACAGUGUCAAAAAUGCUUAAGAAUUAAAGACAAAAAAGUUAUGCGAUAAAAUAACCGUUGUCCUGCCCAAAACGGACGCCUAUGAUCGGUACUAAAAAUUCGCAAUGGAUGGAAUAGAUUUAUCUCUGGAAGAUAAAUAAACGUACCAAUUUUUGUUUUUCUAUAUAGAAGCGUUCUGGAGGUAUUUAAGAAAAACUCAUUACAAGACGCCAUCUUCAAAGAGCUCUAGCUCCCUUAGGAAGCAUUUUCGGACUAAGUGAAUAGGGUUAAAUUGUCUUAGAAUUAUCAGAAGAAUCUUCUGUCUUCGUUUGUCGGUAGAGUUUCUGGACACCCUGUAUAGUACCCAAAAAAUCCAUUUGCAACCUAGCUGCUCAAGUGUCCCGACAAAAACCUUAUUUCUCUGGACUAGUUGCUAUGUCUAGGAAAAUAGCUGAGCAUAUUUUAUUCUCUUCUAGAGAUCUCUCUAUAAUAUUUGUUAGGCGAUGUAUUUGGUCUGUUGAGUGUUUAUUGCGGAAUCCAAAGUAGUGGGAAGGAAUAAUUUCUUUGUGGUAGAGUAUAGGUUAUAUUCUUAUUAGCAAUAUAUUUUCAAAUAAUUUGGCCCAUCUUACUUAAUGUUAUAUUUUAUAAUUUUUGAAGACAGACAUACGUAAUAUAAAUAAAACCGGAUGGUUCCCGAAAGUUGGCUGUAUACCAUCUAGUUAAGUAACUUUUAACGUGAAGUAAAAACUCUCUGGUGUAGUUGGUAUAAAAGUUAAUUAAGAAUUAAAAUUUUAAAUAUCCAAAAAGGAUUACAUUCAUUGUUCAGAACGAACGUUUUCGGACUUAACAGUCCAUCAUCAGUGAACUACGUGUCCUUGGAAAAUUGCCAGAAUGCCAAACACUAGUUGGAUUAAAUGUUCAAUCUACAUUAUUGGUGUGAGUUUUUAUUGAAUCUCACCCCAACAGUGGCGAAAAGGGUUUAAUUAUUACCUUUUGCUAAUUGGACAUAGGUGAAUAUUUUAGGACCACACGCAUAUGUCCCAAAGCAGGGAGUCCUUCGAUAUUAACAAACUAGUGAACUUUUAGAGCGACUGGUUCUGAGAAUUUAUUUGGUCUGGUUUUAUAGUUACUAAUUAACACGAUAUGAAGGGUUGUGCAUACGAGAAAUAAAAGUGACAAGCGACAAAAACAUUUAUUAACAACAACGAGUUUGACAAAUAAGCGGCUUAACGAUAAAUUGUCUUAGUAGCGAAAGAGAGAGAAAGAGUCUAUUAUACAAAUUUCCGUGUUGACAAUUAGCGAGAGGGGUAAUUAUUGCGAGAGCGUAACGUAUUUUCACGACGAAAAGAGGAGCACACAUUAACACCUCGCCUUAGAGAGGCUGGCGACAGACUACUCAGUAGUACUCAGUUUUUAUUCUAAAACUGCAAUAUUUUGUUUAAUGCUAAGAAUGUCACUUAACAAGAGCGUAUCCAUGGCAUCCACACAUGUUUAUACCCUUGCGACCACCGAAGACGCCAAAGCAGCAACCGUAUGUCCGUUAUCUUUUGUACCCUAACACAACACUAACACUCAAGUUUUCAGAGAAUUAAAUCUUUCAAACACAAUACAGAUUGUCCCAACAUAUUUACAUAAAUGCGAAAUAAUUUAACUGUUGUUUUCACAACAAUUAUAAAUACAAGAAAAUAACGUGACUUAAAGUCGAGGGCAAUGGAUUGCCUCCAGAAACAUGUGAGUACUCUACUUUUACGUAGUUUUUACGUCUGCUUUUUACCACGCAGACUAGCGUGGUCUAAAGGUCUGCCAAAGACUAGCUAGUCUUUGGCAGAAUAGCGUGUUCCAAAGCAGACGUGAAAACUAUGUAAAAGUAGAGUACUCGCAUGUUUCUGGAGUCAAUCCAUUGCCCUCGAUUUUAAGUCGUUAUUUUCUUGUAUUUAUAAUGUAGAUUGAACAUUUUUAAUCCAAUCAGUGUUUGGCAUUGUGGCUAUUUUGCAAGGACACGGAGUUAACUGAUGAUGGACUGAUAAGUCCAAAAACGUUUGUUCUGAACAAUGAAUGUAAUCCUUUUUGGAUUUUUAAAAUUUUUAUUCUUAAUUAAAUUUUAUACCAACUACACCAGGGAGUUUUCAGUUCACGUUAAAAGUUACAUAAGUAAUAGUUUAUAUCCACACAUUGAUUUUUGUAUAAUAUUUUUGCUAGCGGCAAACUGUACUCUAGUCAUUUAGAUGUAAAAUGUGAACGUAUUGCAAUUCGAUUCCGAAUCAUUUCAUGCAGUAUUGUAAAAAAAAUAACCCGACAGAACAAUAAUGUAGCGGUGUUAGAGAUGUUUAUAAUAUGUGUAAAGUACUAACAUAACAUAGUUUCCUUAGAUAAAUAAUUGUGGUAUACUGUUGAAUACAUUACACGGUUUUUGAUUCUCGAAGCCGCAAAGUUGAUUAGAUAACUAUUUUUUGGUUUUGUAAACACUUCCUAUAUGAAAUUAAUAAAGAUCUUUAAUGAA